AUGGCUAAGCGUAAGCGAGGGAGGCCACCAAAACGGAAGCCUACCAAGUUUCAUUUAGGCCAAGCAUCAAGCUUGCCAGGGUCCUUGUGGGGCCUAUGGUUAAACCAUAUCCUCAAGCAUGGCCCUACCUGGCUCUAUGUAGCAACCUUUCUCUCGCAUGCUUUCUGUUGUCGAAUAACAGAAGUCUUGCGCCUGCGCGCUCGGGACAUAUCGAUCAAAGACAAGGCUGUACACGUAUCUUCAAUGAAGCGGGCUAAAGCAGUGGACAAGCGCCUACUUCGAGUGCUGCUACCCAAACUGACCAGCUUGAAACACAAAGGUGUGCGAAGAAAAAGACAGCGCAAUGCAGGAGCGCGGGGACUUGUGAGCUGGACAGAUGCGUGGUCCUGGCCUGAAAAGCCUUCAGGCUACUUGUUUCCAUCAGAUCGUCAAGAUGCAAAAGAGGCCCGCAGGACCAAGGAUACUGCCUGCAAAGCAACAGGCAGACUACGAGAAACCUUUGCUCCAAAAUGCAAGGACCCACCUGUGACAAGAACAAUCCGGACACAUUCAGCAAGACACCGCAUGAUCAGCGAUCUGAAGGCAUCAGACAUUCCAGACACCAUAUCCAUGAGAAUGGCCCGCAUCAACGACACCAAGACCUUCGCAAAGUACGGGCAGCUGAGUGAUCAACAGGUUGGGAAUGUACUAGACCGCAGUGCCAAGUUGAGAAAGACACUCGGAGAGAUCUAUGGUGUCUAUGGGACAACAACCAAACGCAACAAACGUAACUCAUGA